AUGAAGCGGAGAGCGUCAGACAGAGGAGCUGGGGAGACAUCUGCUCGGGCGAAGGCUCUCGGGAGCAGCAUUUCUGGGAAUAAUGCAAAGAGAGCCGGGCCUUUCAUCUUAGGUCCUCGAUUAGGUAACUCACCAGUGCCCAGCAUCGUUCAGUGUUUGGCAAGGAAAGAUGGGACAGAUGAUUUCUAUCAGCUAAAGAUUCUGACUCUUGAAGAAAGGGGAGAACAAGGGCUAGAGACCCAAGAGGAAAGGCAAGGCAAGAUGCUAUUACACACGGAGUAUUCUCUGCUUUCCCUUCUCCACACUCAGGAUGGAGUGGUUCACCACCACGGGCUCUUCCAGGACCGAGCUUGUGAAAUUGUUGAGGAUGUGGAAUCAACUCGGAUGGUCAAGAAAAUGAAGAAACGGAUCUGUCUAGUCUUGGACUGCCUUUGUGCACAUGACUUUAGUGACAAGACUGCAGAUCUGAUCAACCUCCAGCAUUAUGUCAUAAAGGAGAAGCGACUUAGUGAAAGAGAGACAGUAGUGAUAUUCUAUGAUGUGGUCCGAGUGGUUGAAGCAUUGCAUAAGAAAAAUAUUGUGCACAGAGACCUGAAACUUGGCAAUAUGGUGCUAAACAAAAGAACCCACAGGAUAACCAUCACCAACUUCUGUCUUGGAAAGCACCUUGUGAGUGAGGAUGAUUUGCUGAAGGAUCAGAGAGGAAGCCCUGCAUAUAUCAGCCCAGAUGUGCUCAGUGGUCGCCCUUACCGAGGGAAGCCUAGCGACAUGUGGGCCCUGGGAGUCGUGCUCUUCACCAUGUUGUACGGGCAGUUCCCCUUCUACGACAGCAUCCCACAGGAGCUCUUCCGAAAAAUCAAAGCUGCCGAGUACACGAUCCCAGAGGAUGGCCGUGUUUCUGAGAACACCGUGUGUCUCAUCCGGAAGCUGCUCGUCCUUGACCCCCAGCAGCGCCUGGCCGCUCCAGAGGUGCUGGAGUCUCUGAGUGUCAUCAUCGCCUCUUGGCAGUCCAUGUCUUCACUCAGUGGUCCUUUGCAAGUGGUUCCAGAUAUUGAUGACCAAGUGAACAGCUCUGACAGCUCCCAAGAGGCCAAGGUGACGGAGGAGUGUUCCCAGUAUGAGUUUGAGAACUACAUGCGGCAGCAGCUUCUCCUGGCUGAGGAGAAGAGCACCCUGCACGAGGCCAGAAACUUCCUGCAGAAGCGGCAGUUUGGGAGCGUGCCCCCCGUGCGGCGGCUGGGCCGGGAUGCCCAGCCCAUGAAUCCCCUGGAUGCCGCCAUCCUGGCGCAGCGCUACCUCCGGAAAUAGUGGCACUGCCCACCCUCCAGCAACAGCAAUAGCUCCCCCCGGCCCGAGCUCCCAGGGAGGCCACUUUCUCCAGAGCACACGUGCUGCUGGUGUCUUGAAUGAUGGAUCAGCUGUUUGUUUUUUAAUCCGAAAAGCCUAGACAACUAAUCUGCUUUUAAUCAUGACUUUUUAAUCUACCUCUGUCUUUUUAACCAACCAUGCUGUCUCUGGAUCGAGUGCCCCUGGAGAGAGCCCCAGGCCCCCUUCUCCUGGCAGGGCCACAGGCUCCGGGCGGCUGCUCCAGGGGGUCUGAAUAAGCUGAGCGCUGGGAGUUGGAGCGACUUCACUGUUUCCUAAAGCCUGUCUCUGCCUCCUUCCCGAGUCCCUGCCCUGCCCCAGCCUCCCAGAGCUCUUCUCACCCCGACUUCCACAAACUUCAAGAAACCUUUGCCUCAUCUUAAACCUGGUUCCAAAAGAUGAAUAUUUUUAUCAAAAGGAGCUAGUUUUUCUCCACCUUCUCUCUGGCUUAGCCUGGGGCCGCUCCAGGGGAGCCAGCAGCGCCCCUCACCGACCCCACUGCCUCACCCUUUGGUACUCCCAAAGAGAGGAUUUUCUUUUUUAAAAAAAGCUCUUUGCCCCUCACUCCGUUUGCUCCUUUUCCGUAGCUUCUCUGAGGCUCCUCACACUUGCAUUACUUCUGAUUUCCCAUCUCACUCAUUGUGGUACACAGAGAUCUAAUAUAUGACUUACAAUGUGAAAGACAUUCCUCAGAACAGCCACUCGGAGAUGUUGGCCAGACGAGGGGGGGCUCGUGUCUCUGCUGUAUGUUUCUCCAUGUAGCUAGUCUGGGGCCUGGCAGGGCAGAGGAGGCCCCUCGAGAACAGCCUAUGUCCUUUUUCAUUUUUGAGCCUAGUUGUGAACUGGAUGCCUGUCUUGCCAGAUAUACUGUUCUUACCCCAAAGCCUCCUCUCUCGUGACCCUCCUCAGCCUUACUGGGGAGAAGGCCCGAGCGCUCCCCCUCAUCCCCCGGGAGCCCCAGCUUUGGCACAGUUAAGGAGACGCCUUCAGGCUCCUGUUCGGGCCAGCCCUCAGCUUGGGCUCUGCUAUCCCCAGCCUAAGCUUGGGGGGUGUUCCUGCCCCCCCUCUUUUCCUGGGUCCCCCUCCCCCCAAGAGAGAAGACGGGCUCUUGCUUCAGAGUCCCGUUUCUACAGUGGUCAUCAGAGAGCUCCUCCGAGUGGCCCCCAAAGGCAGUGCAGAAAGAAGGAAAAGCUGAGGCUGCCCGUGUUUCUCUUCCCCUGACCCUGGUUCCCCCCAUGCUGACUCACUGUGAGUGACCUUGGGCAAGUUACCAAACCUUUGUGCCUCAGUUUCCCCAUCUGGAAAAAAUGGGGCCAACUCUUGCCAGCAAGUUACCGGGGCUGGGCUUCAUGGCCUGGGGAGGGGCAGCUGGCCCCGGUGACUUGGUUGUUUAGGGGAGAGCUCUGUGUCUGUUCCAUGUCCUGUGUUUUCUUCACCCGUGGGAGCCCUCCCAGCCCACACCAACAUCUCAGUGAUGUGUCAAGCACUUACCCUGGGCCCGUAGGGCUGCCAGCCCGGGGCACACACACGGGCGGGAGGGAGGAGUCUUAUUUUAUUUAUUUUUAAUGAAAAAAGCUCUCGAAGGAGUAGAAUUCCCAGCCUAGAAGCGGUGGCUGGGGCCGUCUUGGGGUGGGGCGUAUGGGGCGCCGGCCUCGUAGCAUGAGUGGGGCCCAGGAGCCGCCUCACCUCAGCCUGCGCCCCGGGGCAUCUCCCUGGGCGCCCUUCCUGGGAAAGUUUUUGUUUCUUGGUGAUUGGGUUUGGUUUUUUUCCUCCUUUUCAAAGCAAUAUUCUGGGGACUCUGCAGAGUUGUAUCCUAUUGAAUAUUCCUGGCCAUGGUUAAUCCACAGACAAUUACUGGUUUAUGUGAAAGCAGAGGAGGGAGAAAAGGCCCCUGGGGGCAGCCCCGCGGGGUAGGGCCAGCCGGGGGCCCAGGGCCCAGGAGCCGAGAUUGGAUCGGAGCUGCUUGUUUCAGCUGCAGGGGAAUGACAUGCUGAAGGGAAGAAGUCCUAUUGUAAAGAAACAAACAUUUAAAAGUCACAAAAAAAAAUUUGUAUAAAGACCUAUUUUUGUACUAUAUCAGAACUAUUCCUGCAUGUCUGCAAUAAAAUUUCCUAAUGUAGAA